GCCUACAUGAGGAUUUCCAAAAGUACCUAUCAAACUAAUGAUACUUACUAUUAAUUAAUUAACCUGAUUUUACCUUUUGAACAUCAUAUGGAUCAUUGUGAUGAUAAAGCCAAGGAUAAACAAAGAGAAAUUGAAACCAACAUAAAGGUUGAUCAUCUCUCUUUGUGUCUAGGUUAAAGAAUCAUCUUCAUCCCACAAAUAUGAUGAUAAAAAUUGUUCUCCCUUUGAAUGAUGAAAGAGAGAAGAGAAAAACUUAAGAUAUCCCAAGUAUCUUUUAUUUUGUCUUCUCCCUUCAUCUUUAUCAUCAUUAUACUCCAAGCCCCUUCCCUCUCUCACUCUCUCUCUCGCCUACUCUCUCAUCAUCCUCAUCUUCAACUUUCUUUCAAUGUAAAGUGUUUAUUAGUUACUCUCAGGUAACAUAAUGUUUCAGUUGCUUUACCUGUUGUAACUUAAAUUACACUAACAGUUACCAUUUAAUAGUUUCUUAUACCUACAAUGAUGAUGAUGAUGAUGAUAAUUACUAUUAUUAUUGUGAUGAUUGUUGAUCAUAAACUUUAACAACAACAACGACAUAGUUUGAUUAUCAACAAGAUCAAAUAUGUAACUAUUAUAAGAUUUGUCUCUAAUUGCGAUCCACACAAAUUGUAUCAAGAUUUUUUUUCUCUCUCUGUCUCUUCAUACCAAUUAAGUUAAUUAUCUCAUUUAAUUGAUUACCUUUCGUUAAAUUAUUGAAACUAAUUGUUCAUCUCUUUGCAACUCUCUCUUUCUCCUUUAAUUAUUAUGUAAAUGUUAAUAUGAAUUAACUUUUCUCUCUCUUUCUCUCUCUUGUCAUUAUUGUCAAUCAAUGAUUCUGUUAACUGUUAACAUGAAAACUUUGUUUAUAUUUUGUGACCUGAUUAUCCUAUUUAAUUGUAUCCAAUCAGUUUAUAAUCAUGGUAAUCAUCACCAUGAUGAUCAUGAUCACAAUCAUGUCAAAGGAUUAAUUUCAUCUCCAUCACCAUUACCAUCAACUCCAUCAACACCAUCACCAAAAUCAUCAUCAUCAUCACAAUCGUUAAUUGCUGAUCAUUUAGAUCCAAAGGUUUUUACUUAUUCACAAAAUGAUUCAUUUCUUCAAAUUAAUUCAACUGAUUGUUGGCCUCCUCAUAUAACCCGAUCUCUUAAUUUUAAGUUCAAAACUGAUCGUUCAAAUGGUUUAUUAUUAUUUCACACAAUUAACUCUGGACCAGUUGGUUAUCCUUUAUAUGAAUUUCAUAUAAUCCUAAGUAAAGGAGCAAUUGAGAUAAUCCAUGAAUUUGGAUUAUCCUUGGAUAGAUUUACAAUUGGUAAAGGUUUUAAUGAUGACCUUUGGCACUACGUUAAUUUAACAAUUAACACCUCGGAAAAUAAAUUAAAGGUCAUCGUCGAUGGUCAAAUAGGUUCGAUUUUUGUUCUGACCUCAUUUGGUUCACUUUAUCCAAAAGGUUAUCAACCUUACGGUGAAUAUAAUCCAAGUCAACCAAGUGCGAUCGGUAAUAUCCCAUCAACCCUUUACUUUGGUGGGCUUGACCUUUCCCGUCGUUAUGUCCAUAAGCACCAUAAUUCCCCGCGAUUUAUUGGUUGCCUUGGGUCAAUUCAGUUUACCCAUUCGUCCAUUUUGUUUGUUGAUAUACCGCCGAUAACAACGGUCGGAUUAAAGGUUGGAUGUAAUAAUUUAUGUCGGACAAAUGACCUAUGCUCAAUGGGGUCAGUUUGUGUUAACCAUUAUACUCACUCUUCUUGUGACUGUUUUGGUACCGAAUAUGAGGAUAAAUGGUGCACCAUUACACCGGUCACUUCGUUGACCUUUCGUGGUACCUCGUUCAUCACAUAUACCGCUUUCAAUUGGACUGAAAGAACGGAAACUUUAAUGAAUCGGAUUAGUUUACAUUUUCAAAGUCGAUUUGAAAAUUCAAUGCUUCUUUAUGCUUAUGGACUUUAUCCCGAUUUCAAUCAUGUUUUCCUUGACCUUAUCAAUGGUCAGUUAAGGUUUGAGAUUGAUUUUGGUGAAGGUCCGUUAAGAUUGACCACUUCUGGUGGGGAAAAACUUUCCGACGGGGAAUGGCACAAUGUUACCGUUAUCCAUGUUAAAAGAGAUGUUGACAUUUAUGUUGACGGUGUUGUCCAUCGGCUUCGAGUCUCAGGUCAACGAUAUUAUCUUCACCUUGAACCUUAUAUUUACGUUGCUGGUUUACCAAAGUCAAUCGAGGUGAGGUCACUUUAUCCGGCCAGUUUGGUUCGAUCUAAAUUCAUUGGUUCCCUAAAAUCGGUCUACUUUAACCAAGAGAAUAUUUUAUUUGGCUUGAAAAAAGGUCGACAUAAUAUCCGUUAUACUGGACUUUUUGGUCCAGAAUAUGGUUCGGCUGUUGUUCAAAGUUUACCGAUAACUUUUCAAACUUCACGUUCUUAUCUUAAUGUAACCAAAAGAUUCUCAAAUAUUCUUGACCUUUUCCUCGAGUUUAAAACACCCCAACGAGAUGUUAUCCUUUCAUCGGGUGGAUUUAGAUUCGUCGACGAACCUUCAGUCCAAUUUCUUUGGAUUCUUCAUUUGAAAGACUCGAUUCCACAAUUUUCAAUUCUCGACGAUAAUUACGCUGAAGUUGAGCCCAUCUCAAGAACAUGGUCAUCAGGUAAACCAGUUCGUUUUCUAACUGACCAGUGGCAAAUGAUUGGACUUUAUGGACAAAGUUCAAAUUUAACCAUCGAAGUGAACAAUGUUUACUCGGUUAAAUAUCAGUUCGAAGGUGAAAUGUCCUUCAAUGGUCACAUAAUUGUCGGUGCCUUGAAUGCGACUUUCAACAAUUCAAAAGCCUUUGGCUACGGGAUAAUGGGCUGUAUUCGUAACUUAGGUGUUGACCAUCAGACGGUUGAUUCGAGGAUAUUAUUAAACAAUCGGCAACUUCAUUCAGGUCGAGUGGCCUUAGAUCAAUGUUCAUACAUAAAUGCAUGCGAUUAUCCUGGAGCCUGUGAACAUGGUGGUAAAUGUACCGUUAACAAAGAGGGUGAUGCCGAUUGCGAUUGCACGGAAACUGGUUACGCGGGGAAAACAUGUCACUUCGCUUUAUACAAACGAACAUGUGAAGAAUAUUAUCUAAUUGGUCAUCGUAAAAAUGGAACCUACAUGAUUGAUAUCGAUCGAAAUGGACCAUUACCACCCGCUCGAGUCGAAUGUACAAUGUCACUCAAACGAACCGAGACAACGGUAAUUCACAAUUUACCGGUCGAAUAUAUUGUUCGUCGUAAAGAUUUUCCAUCUUAUUAUAUUGAUAUUGAUUAUCGGGAAUUCAAUAAAGAAAUGCUGAAAGCCUUAAUUAGCCACACCAAGGGUUGUAAUCAGGAAAUUAAAUAUGGCUGCAAGAAGGCACCGUUCAAUUUAGCUAAAGAAACUUGGAUGAUCUCUGCAAGUGACCGUCGAGUUGAUUCAUUGGGAAGUACAAUUAGUGGCCAUUGCUCGUGUUCAACGGGAAUGACCUGUUCGAAUCGGUCAUCUCCAUGUAAUUGCGAUUCACUUGAUGAACGGGAAAAUGAGGAUUCAGGAGUAAUCAUGGAACCAUCUAAAUUAGCAAUUACUCGGGUAUUUUUCACGUCAACAAUUAAUUUAACUGAUUCAUCGGAGGGUCGAUUCACUUUAUCACCAUUGAAAUGUAUUGAUUUAAGUACUCAGGAGCAUAUUGUUACAUUUAAAACACAACAAUCGUACCUUGAACUUGAUGGUUGGGUCUCUGGCGAUUUAGCCUUUAGCUUUAGGACGACGAUCGCCUCAGGGAUUAUCCUUUAUCAGGCUCCGCUGUUUCCUCAUCAUGGUUAUUUCCUGGUCACUUUGAUCAGUCCAUUUGAAUUGUUAUUUGAUUAUUCAGUUAACGGUGUUCCUAAACAAUCAAAGUUAAUCUCUCGAAGUAAAUUAAAUUCUGGUCAAUGGCAACAAGUUUGGGUUGAUUAUGAAACAAGACAUAUGAGAUUUACCGUUAAUUUGGACUCAUUGAUGAUUGAUUUAGAUCGUAAUGAAAUGUUUGACCUUUUCGAGGGACCUUUGUACAUUGGUGGAGCUCCAGAAUUAAAGUUGAAGACAAAAUCAAAGGAAGGUUUCAUUGGAUGUUUUCGUGGUUUGUUAAUUGCUGAUCGUAUUAUACCUUUAUCGAUUCCCGAAAGGGUAACUGAUAUUCAACCUCGAUGCCAAGAAUCAUGUCAACCUAAUCCAUGUCAAAACAAUGGUCAUUGUAUUGAAAUGUGGGGUAACUAUGAGUGUCGAUGUGCUAAUCCGAUAGCCCAUUCAGGUCGUAAUUGUCAACAUGAUGCUAAUCUUAAGGGAUUAACUCUCUCCUCGGAUAAUGCUUUCAUCCAUUUACUGGUUAACGGUAAUUUCACCCAUCCAGUGUUAAAUAAGCAAAUCUCUCUGAGUUUCAGGACGUAUGAAGGUUCAGGAUUAAUCUUAUAUGCUAAUGAUCAUCUGAAUAAUUUCAUUCAACUCCACCUUUUCAAUAAGAGCGUCAUUUUUACGGCCAAUAAUCAUCGUACCAUUGUUUCUGGACGGGUUCGUGUUGGACCUGAGUUAAUAUCGGGAAAUCUGAUUCAAUUAGUUGUUGAUCGACAGCCCAAUUUUACAACUCUCUCGGUUUACACUGGAUGUGAACGGAAUUGUUCAGCUCCAUUGUCGGUCGGUAUUAACACUACUCUGGGACUAUUAAAGGAAUACAAUCAAAAACCUUGGCUUUAUGGUGGAUCUAUGGAGUUGGUUAGGCCGAUCAGAUCAUUUAUCGCUCUACCUCCACAUACACAGUUUUUCAUUGGUGGAGUUGAUCCGAUUGUUGAACAUUCCCUGACAACUUUUAUCGGCUGUAUAUCGGGUUUGAUCAUUGGCUCUCAACCCUUUGAUCUUGAACAAACUAUUGUCCAAUCGAUUGAGUCUCAACAUGUUAACAUCAAUGGUAAUGUUACAUCGGGCUGUCAGCGAAUCUGUGAUUCUAAACCUUGUGAAAAUGGCGGAAAAUGUCGUGAAAAUAUGAGAAUUGGUUCAAUUGAAGGUGUCGAAUGUCAUUGCGAGGCAACAUCUUACCAAGGAAAUUAUUGUGACCAAGAUAUUGGGGUGAGAUUCGAUGGUUCAUCAGUUCUGAUCUACAAUAUGACCACAGUCGAUAUUAAACCGGAACAAGGAAUCCAAUUAGAAUUCGCAUUCUCAGCUGAGUCGGAAGCUUAUCCGUUUUUCAGUCAAAUCCGUCGUUUACUGUUACUCUUUCAGAAAGAUGAAUGGUCUCUAAUGGUUGGAUUACAUUCGUCAGGAGGAAUUUACCUGCAAGAAUUUGAUGGAUACAAUAAAGCUUGGCGUAAAACAAUCUUAAGGCAACAACAUCAUUACGCUGAUGGUUUUAGACAUUGGGUUGUUUAUAAUCGUACCGGUGAUCAGGUUAAACUUGAGAUUGACAGUGUACCUUAUGAGGUCACUUUCAGACAAUCAAUACCAAACAUUGGAGUCUUAAAGCCACGUCAAGUAAUUAAGGUCGGAGGAAAUUUGGAUUCUGAUGAAUAUUUGAAUGAAUAUAAUACUUACAUUGGUUGUGUAUCAAAUUUAAGAAUCAGAGGUGGACCCAAUUUAAAUACGAUCAUAAGUCCAAUCGAAUCAGCGUUUGAAGGUGAUGAUCGAGUUGAUGUAAUGCAGAAUGGAAGUCACAUUUGGCAAGGAAUUAAACAACAACGAUGCUCACGAUUUAAAACUAUUUCCAAAUCAAUUUCGAAUACAAUUAACAUUCCCUAUGAGCUGCCCGAAGUUCAAUGGUCACCAAAAGAACCAAGCAAACAUAAUAUACCAAAAAAUAAACAACGAAAAAGUCCAAUCGAUCUCUAUACUACUGAAUUUUAUGUAUUCGUGGGCUGUCUUAGCUUCUUGACCAUCGUCGUGACCGCGAUCGUUAUUUACAUGUGUAAAAUUCAAAGCGCUCACAAGAGUAAAAAAUUCAAAGGGGAGACCCCAUUUUUCAAUGCUCAACGAAAGGGAUCACCAACGAUUCCUUACACUCGUGUUUACCAAGGGUUCGAGAAAAGGUCACCUGAGGCUCGAUUGAUUUCGUAUAAAUCAACCGAUGGUCGAUCAAAAAUGACUGAAUUACAUCCCUUACAUGAGACACAAGAGGAAUACGAUCCCGAUGACCAAUGUCCAACGGAAAGAUCGUCAAAUAUGACCGAUAACAAGGAUUUAAUAGAUUCACCUGAAAGUCCAUUGAAACAAUUAAAUAACAACAAUUGGCCAUCUAAUCAACACAAACUAAUUACCAGUUCGCAAGAAUUAAAUUGGGAGCCUGAUGUUGAUAAUCAAAUGUUUCUUUCUGAAAUUAACGCUUCGGACAUUGAUCUUCGUCGUGGAUCUCAAGUGCCUUUGGCUACUUUAAGUGAACUUGCAAUUAACACCAUUCCAAGCAACUAGUCAUCUCCUUAAUUUAGUUGAUUAUUUAUUCUCGUUUAAUAAAAACGAUUAUUUGUUGUUACUUAAUUAAAACAAUUCAAAACAUCUAAAUCAUGA